GCCAAAAUAACUCAAGAUUGCAUUGCUAGUACAGCUACUUACCAAGGUUGUAUUCCGAGGGCCCUCGGUAUCCUAUGGUACAUUUCAAGCGGUUGUUAUCAAGUCAAUAAAGUUUUGAUUGGUUGGAUGACAAUUGGUAAAAACUGAUAACGAAAGCAUAAAUGAGAAAGCAGGUACCUGGAGCACCGCCCUCGCCUUAGUUAAUAUGUAUGUCAUGCAAAAGGAUAGAAUAGCCAGUUUAAGGAGAAUGAAGUGUGGGAAUCACUAAUAUGAGAAUUAGCUCAAUGGUCAUGCAACUAAACCCCUCCUAAUUUGAUCCACUAACCCAAUCUCACCUCAAUCAAAUUCACGAAUUAGGGACACACUCUAUUGCUUUCAAUGGGUUGCACCUAUUUUCACACUAGGUCGAUAUAUAUGUCGAUGGUCAUGAAAGUAUCUCCCUAGCAUCACAUAUGUGGGAGCCCUAGUUUGCAUGGGAUGAUCACCUUGUCCGCCAACUAGGUCUCUCAAUCAAUCAUCUACAAAAAUCAUGCCAAGAUCGCUCAAUUCAUAAACACCUUCAAUCAAAUCCUAAUUAGAAAAUCAUAGAUAACACAUGGAGAGACAAAUUCAAAACUCACUAAUCAUAAAUAGAUGCAUAAAAAUACUAGGUAAACACAUCCCAUUCAUGAACUUAAGCAAAAUUCCUCUUACAUAACAAAACCUAACACUAGGGUUCGAGGCCCAAAGCCCCUAGUACAUUGAGUGAGUACCCAAUAAAGGGAGGACGAAAAAACAUAGAAGAAUAGAAUUGGCAGACUUCUUUGGGAAAAUCCUUCCUUCUUAGAUCCUUCCUCUUCUCUUUUAUUCUCUUCGUCUCAUUCCUUCAGUUUUUCUCUCUUAACUCUCUCUAAAACUAAGAAAAUUGACCAAGUGUUUAAUCUCCUCUACAAUGGAGGAGAAGUCCUCUAUUUAUAGUUUUCAGAAAACGAAAAUAGGUUUAUGGCCAAAGGCUCAAAUAUCCGUCUGUGAUCUUCAAUGUAGAGGUCGCGAUCUUGAGACGGUGGCAUUCUGAUUCUGCUGGCUAGGGAGAUCGCAGGUUGACUUCUUGAUCACGAUUCAAAAGUCAGCUGUGAUCAUUACCGCAGUCCCUAACGAGGAAGGUUGCCAGUCGACUGCCGAAGCCUUGUGUUCUUCCUUGGUUGUCGCUUCUCCAAGUUCACAGUUGAAAUCUCCAAGCUCGCAGUCUCUAUCUUUCUUCAGAGGCCGUGAUCUUUGGUUGAAGUUCACGGUUUCCUCUUCUCGGCCGUGAUCUUCCUGUUUAGCUCCAAAUCCUACACUUUUCCUAUUUUGGUGCCUAGAAUGCAAGUAUCAUCGAGUGCACCCUAAUACAACAUGAAAUGCUCCGAGUAACGAAUUUGGGAUGCAAAUGAAAAUAUAUUAACCAUGAAAAUCAAAGAACGGCAUGAAAAUACAUAGACUAUGGAGGCUAAGUAACACAUAUUUGGGUGUAAUCAGUGUGGUGUAAUAAUAAAAUGAAGUUAUGAAAAGUAUCACUUUAGGUUAAAUAAUAAUGGAAAAGUUAGCUUACCUUGUAGAACUUUUGCGUAAUGCAAAUUGAUAACAUAAUGAACAAUGUAGUUAUUUAUAUGUUUUACACAAUGUAUUUUAAAUAAGUAAAUCUUUCAUAAUGUGGAAUGCAAAAAGUGUCGAGAUAGAUGUCUAAAGCUAAAAAUAUUAUGGUGAAAUUCAGCAUAGUAAGAUAGAAAACAAAAUUUCCCUUAACAACUAACUGUGAGCAAAAGAGUUUAUAGUAAAUUAUUCUGUAGAGUAUUUACAAAUUCUAAAAAAAGGAAACAAAUUUAGGGAGUUAUUAUUUGUCUCCCUAAAGAUUUGAAUUUAUCGCCCUAGAACAUAUGAAAUUAAUUACGAGUUAAUUUUAUGGUUAAAAACCCUUCAAUUUAAUAGUCGAGCCACCCAUCACCUGUUGAGUCACCCGUACUUCGUCGAGCAUCCGUUGAAUUAAUUCCGCAAAGGAAACAGAAUGGAUGCCACCACCACUCAGUUCCCCAAACUAAUUCCUCCCGGGGGGUUGAAAACUUGUCGAUGGUAGGGUAGAGGUCAAACACUCGCCUCUACCCCGUCGGCAAAGUGUUUUAACUUGCAUCGUCACUGUUAAACAAAUAAGAAAAACCAAAGAACUUCAUUUGUUAACGACCUUCCUCCUCCUUCAUGGUGGGACGACGAUGAGCGGCAGGGUCGAAGACGACGACUUCUCGAUGGUGGUGUUGGUUUGGUUCUCAGCGGCGAUGCUGGUUUGAACUUGGCUGCGACAUUGUGUGUGUUGGGGAGAGGGGAAGGGACUUGUGUGUGCUGGGGAGAGAAGAAGGACUGGUUAGUUGGGCUAGUCAAUAAGGGUUUAGGUUGCAGGCAAAAUCGUCUGUGUGGGUAGGUUUAGGGCGAAAAUAUCAAAUACUUAGAGCGUUAAUAUUUUUUUACUGGAAAUAUGUGAAUUUUAUUAUUCAGCAACCACAUUUACAUUAUCUUAUAGCAACUGAUCAACAAGAUAAACUGGCGUUCUGUCGAACCAAACCAUUGCCCGCAGCUCAACUUCCUAAGUUUGUCUCCAUUACUGCGACACACUAUAACCAUCUCUGUAUGAAUCCCAUCGGCCUGAUGCAAUUGCUAAACCAACGUAGAGCAAUCCACUUCCAGGGUAAACUUCGGUUCGGCACACUAUUGCGCUAGGCUCACCCCUAUUUCUACUGCAAGGGCUUAUGCUAAUCCUGCAUUCAUAUUGCCACGAAUGUUCCUUGCCGCUGCAAGGAUGAACCUUCAUCCUUCCCUUGUAUCACAACCCCAAUACCAGUCCCCUCAUCCUUUAAAGUCCCCGCAUCAGUAUUGAUUUUAAUCUCACAUUGUCUCCUCUAUUCGUAAAGCAGUCUCUUAGGUUGGAGGCUCUCCACAGUCAAGACACCCAUUCGCACUCCCAAAACAGAUGGAUUUGAGUUUCACGCGACUCAUAGAAUGGGCACUUCCACUCCGCAUCUUACUGCGAGGACAGACAUCAUCCCCUGUUGGUAAUGCAUCCCCCGCAACUUGCAUUUAACAGAGGUUUGACACAACUUGCAUUUCAAGAAUCCCCCACCCAGUAGUCCACUUCUGGUGCAGCUUCACAUUCUCACUGAAAGAAACUUCAGACUUCUGAAAAUUCACCAACUGACCUGACUCUUUUUCAUAGCCCUUAAGAUUAUUUUUCAAGGCUAGGCUUUCCCGCUCCGUUACGCUGCAAAAGAACACACUAACCUUAGCAAAAAAAAACAUGUGCGAGAUGGCUAGGGCGCCCUGGGAAGGCUCCAAUCCUCUCAUUUUCUUCUCCUGGACAGCAUUCUUCGUGGCUACAGACAACCCUUUCGCAUCAAUCAGGAAUAAGUAUUGUGCUAGAAGGUCACGUUGCUGAUAGACCGUUAAUUGCACAUGUUUUUACCCCUAUUCUUGAGCCGUUUUGAGAUGUUGAUUCUCGUGUUUUAGGCCAAUUUCACGCUAGGUUGUUCUUGUUUGUGAUAUUUCAGGUCCUAGUAUGUGAAUGAAGGUUUAGGAACGAGUUCGGGGUCGAUUGGACGAAGAUUGGACGUUUGGCGAGAAGCUGAGGAACUCACACAGGCACGCCUAAAAUUCCACACGGCCUUGUGACUUGGCCGUGUGGCACCACUUUGCUUGGGAAAAUCGCACUGGCCGUGUAUGGCAUCCCUUGUGACCGUAUGGAAAGUCCAGGGAGUUCACACGGCCAGACUGGAAAUCCACACGUCCGUGUGCUUCUGGCCGUGCUGCGUGCCUGAAGUCCACUAAUCAAAACGUGGUGUUUCCAUUCUCACACGGGCAAACUGGAAAGCCACACGGCCGUGUGGCCUGGCCGUUUGGUCGGGAAAUUCUGGGUUUUUAACCCAAUUUCGAGCCAAAAGAGGGGGAACCGAGUUUUAGAGAGACAAAGCGUAUACCUAGAGAGAGAAAGUGACGAACCUGAUUCUCCAGGUGCCUGAGAUCGAUCUCCAUCACCAUUGGAGCCCGGCUUGAGCUUGGAGAAGAGCUUAUUGAGUGCCAGAAGCAGAAUCUCAUCCUUCACAGUAUGGUUUCCGCGUCUGAGCUAGAUUUCCCAUCUCUCUCUAUGGAGUAACUUUCUUAUUCACUUGGGUAUGAAGAAACCUAGAUUUGUAUGUUAGGUCUGCUUGUAUGAACCCAAGUACGGAUUCAGUGAUAUGAUUAUAUUCAAUUGAGGUUUGAUUUGUUGAAUGGCAUGAAUCCUGAUCAAAUUCCUGUUGUUUCUGCUUUAACCUAGAAAGAGAAUAUCUGCCUAGGUUGAUAGAGCACCCUUGAUUGAAGGUAGUGAAUUGACGACUUUAGUCGAGAAGUCAAUUCACUAUUCUGUACCGGAUUUACUUCGGUAGUGGAGGUUUGGUUCGUUAGGGCCUCAAUCUGUUUACUCCGGUGGAGGUUAGUCGCCCGCUGGGGACUCAGAUUGAGAGGGUCUGGAGACCUUUAGUCGAGACUGCAUACUGUUUAAGAACCUCCCGCAGUAUAACUAUCAUUGAAAUUGAACUUGGUAAAUUACAAUCCGGCUUAACUACAGUCUAGGGGGAACCAUAUAUGGGUGACCUCUCUCAACUUGAAAACAACCUUUAACUGCUUUGCUUAUUUGCUUGUUUGGACCUUCACUACACUUUCACUGCUAAAUAAUAAGAACUCACGGAGUAGUCAUCACACUUAGGACUCGGGUUGACAUUAAAACCCAAACCCGCUAUACUACGCUUUACGAGGUGGUUACACUUGGCCAUUUUCUAGAGUGACGGUAGGAGCGAGUCAAGUUUUUAGCGCCAUUGUCGGGGACAGCUAGGUUGUUGAAGAAACGUGGUUUCUGUUAAUUUAGUUUUCUUUGGGUUAAUAUUUUUGUAUGGCUUGAACUUUGACCAAAAUAAAAAUCCUGGCCAAUCUUUUCGAUCUAUAACAUCCUGGCCCGAACUAUACGCCAAAAUAAACAAUUUGGCCAAACCCGAUGUUUGACCGUUAACUUGGAAGGUGGUCAACGCGCCACAUCACUGCCAAGUCAGAAGAUCUGAUAAAGAUUUAAUUUUUUUGUUUUUUAUUUUUAGUUUAACUAAGGUAUUAGAAGAUUUUUUUUAAUUUAUAAUAAUUUAAAAUUAGGGAAUGUGUGGAAAUUGUCAAUUAUUUUAAAUAUUUUAUGCUGACUUGGCAGUGGCAUGGCGCGUUGACUAACGGUCAACGCGUUUGACCGUCCAAGUUAACGGUCAAAAGUCGGAUCUGGCCAAAUUGUUUAUUUUGGUGUAUAGUUCGGGCCAGGAUGUUGUAGAUCGAAUAGAUUGGCCAGGGUGUUUAUUUUGGUCAAAGUUCAAGCCAUACGAAAAUAUUAACCCUUUUUCUUUUUAGCAUUCUUUUUUUGCUUUGUCACACUUGUGCCUUCACGGGUUUGUUGUUUGACUGUGUGCAGGUAGUGUAUAACCCGUAGCCAGUCAGGAGGUUUACUAUCGUUGGAUCCGGAGCUUGAACGCACCUGUCGCCAACUUAGGAGACAACAGCGAGCUAGACUAGCUACGGAGGAGCGCAUAAACGGCCACUUGAGCAGCGAUUCCGAGGACGAGUACGAGAUGGAAGGUGAACAUAACCCGCCCCAGGGGAUACCUCUCCAGGUUCCCCCGGUAAACCAGAUCCUGGGGAACAACCCAAUACCCCAGGCAGAUGGGGUUCAUCAUCAACCACCACCACCGGGUCCCACCUUGCAGUACUACUACACUCCACGGGUCGCUGAUAUCCGCCCUGUUAUCCUCUAUCCACCCAUCCCAGAGAACAACUUCGAGAUCAAGCCGUGUUGGAUUCAACUCAUUAAAUCCUCUAUCCAGUUUCAUGACUUGAAGGAUGAGGAGGCAAUGGUGCAUCUUUCCCGGUUCCUGCAGCUGACGAACGGGUUCAAGAUGAAUGGUGUACCCGAUGAUGCAAUCCUCCUUCACCUCUUCCCCCAUUCUCUAGAGGGGCAUGCUAAGAGGUGGUUAGAGACCCAACCCCCAUUGUCCAUCACUUCUUGGGACGAUCUGGGCAACAAGUUCGUGCACAGGUACUAUCCGGCAUCGAAGGCCACAGAUAUCCAGCGAGAGAUCACUCACAUUGUCCAUUGUCCAUCACUUCUUGAAGAAUCCCUUUAUAAUAGUUAACAAAGCAAGAUGAGAUCUCCUCAUGUGACGCGAUCAUUCUCCCAUUCUCUCGUUGAACCCUUCAAAUUGUGUUACGUUUCUUUCUUGCCGAUGCUUUCUUAUGGAAAAAUCCGGUAUUCUUGUCUCCAUCCCAUAACCAAUCCGCCCUCAAUCUCUGUUUCCGGUAAAUCUCCUCCAUAUCUUCCAACUCCUCCAACUCUUUCUCGACCUGCUGAGACUGUUGAAAAGCUUGUCUUGAUUUUGGUGCACGAUCAAGCGCGCACAAAGCUCUUCUUAUUGUUAUGCUGCUUGGAAAAUCUUGGAAACUCAGUCUGGCUCUAAUCCACAAGCCGUUGGUGAACUAUCCCAAGCUUCUCAACACCUCACCGCUUUCCGUACUGCCCCAUGCCUCUUCUAUAAUCUUCUCGCAUUAUUCAUGUUUCGUAUACAUUGGCUCGAACUGGAAACGCCAUCGCCAUUGCGGAUCCAAUCCAAAUCUUCGUCACCAUGCGUGUCACAUACUAUCGGUCGAUGAUCCGAUCUUGCAUUGUCAAGAUGAAGUACCCGUCCUUUGCCAAAAAAAUUCCUACCUUUCGACGGAGGCAAUAAAUCAAUAUAGCCUCUCUUCAAUAUAACCUUCCACUGCCCACUUGUUGUUUCAUGUAAAGUCGUAUCCAACGUAGCCUAGAUCAUUAAGCUACGUGUCUAAUAGGCAAUCAUUAAAAUUUGUCAUAUCCU